GAGAAGUCACUCAACAUCUUAAAAUGGCCGCCGUCAUUGCCAAGUCCUCCGUCUCCGCGGCCGUGGCCCGCCCGGCCCGCUCCAGCGUGCGCCCCAUGGCCGCGCUGAAGCCCGCCGUCAAGGCCGCCCCCGUGGCUGCCCCGGCUCAGGCCAACCAGAUGAUGGUCUGGACCCCGGUCAACAACAAGAUGUUCGAGACCUUCUCCUACCUGCCCCCCCUGAGCGACGAGCAGAUCGCCGCCCAGGUCGACUACAUUGUCGCCAACGGCUGGAUCCCCUGCCUGGAGUUCGCUGAGUCGGACAAGGCCUACGUGUCCAACGAGUCGGCCAUCCGCUUCGGCAGCGUGUCUUGCCUGUACUACGACAACCGCUACUGGACCAUGUGGAAGCUGCCCAUGUUCGGCUGCCGCGACCCCAUGCAGGUGCUGCGCGAGAUCGUCGCCUGCACCAAGGCCUUCCCCGAUGCCUACGUGCGCCUGGUGGCCUUCGACAACCAGAAGCAGGUGCAGAUCAUGGGCUUCCUGGUCCAGCGCCCCAAGUCUGCCCGCGACUGGCAGCCCGCCAACAAGCGCUCCGUGUAAAUGGAGGCGCUCGUUGAUCUGAGCCUUGCCCCCUGACGAACGGCGGUGGAUGGAAGAUACUGCUCUCAAGUGCUGAAGCGGUAGCUUAGCUCCCCGUUUCGUGCUGAUCAGUCUUUUUCAACACGUAAAAAGCGGAGGAGUUUUGCAAUUUUGUUGGUUGUAACGAUCCUCCGUUGAUU